GGAUCCGCAGAGUUCUCAAGUAUCUAGUCUCCGGUUCAGUCCCUCCUCCUUGGUCUAGAGAGAGAAAACGAAGACUGAAGAGUGAGAAUGAGAGAGAGAGAGAGAGAGAGAGAGAACUGAGAAGAGACAACGAAAAAGACUAGAGAGAGAGAGAAAAUAAAGUUAAAGGAAAAGGCAGUUGGGGGUGGCCCCGGUUGGUUAUGGUGGAAAAUCCACUCCGCGUGGUGAUACUCAAGGGCGUAUCUAUAAUUGUACUGUACAUCUCUCUCUCAUCAUCUUUACUUUUCCUCUUCUUCAGCUUCAGUGGCUCUAAUGUUGCUCAAGGCAUCAAAAUCUAUAACUUCAUCGUUAGCAGUGGAGGUGGAUUUUGGGCGGAGACGACGGCUUCGACUGCCGGAGUAGCUUUCUCCUUCACGGCCUUGGCAGGAUUCACUUUGAUCGCCGAUGUGAUUCACAUUAGUAGGUAAAAAACCAAGAAUUAACAGGAGUAUAGAACUUGAAGGGAUUGAACCCUAGAAAUUUGGUAGAGUUGAUAACAGUAAUCAGAAACUUUGUACAUAGAUGAAAGCCCUGCGACGAAGUCAAACUUCGUCGUCGUCGCCUUCAAAUUCCUCUUCGCCGUCUUCAUCGUCAUCGUCGUGGAUUCAUUUGAGAUCGGUUUUAUUUGUAGUAGCAUCCUCCUCACCGGCUUAUUGUGCUUCUUCUGAUCGGGGCCGUCUCAAAUCACCAUGGUCCCGCAGGAAAAGAAAACCCGCUCUUUCAUCACAGCCAUGGAAAAACUUGUUUACUCCAGAAGGAAAGCUCCGUGAUGGUGGUCUUAAAUUUCUGAAGAAAGUCCGCAGUGGAGGUGUUGAUCCACGUAUCAGGUCAGAGGUUUGGCCAUUACUCCUUGGAGUGUAUGACUUGAAAAGUUCCCAAGAAGAAAGAGAGAUUUUAAGAUCUCAGCUGAGAAAGGAAUAUGAGAACCUACGGAGACAAUGCCGUCGGCUUCUAAAACAAAGCGAUGAGAGCACCAAGUUGAAGGGAAAUCUUGGAAUCGGCAGCAUUGGGGACAGUGGUAGUUUCGUUGAAGGUACGGAUUCUCCAGACUCUGAAGAUGUGGUUAGUGCCAGAGAAUCCCUCUCUAGUGAAGAAAGGAGCCCAUAUGUGGAGUACUUGGACCGUGCUACCAGUGAGUUGUUGGAAGGUGAAGCUUAUUCGAGACGAGUAACAGAUUCAAAUGCCUCAGACUCUGAAUCGUCAGACUCAGGCUCCUCUGAAGACCCGGAUAUCAGUCAAACUUUUCCCUCCAUGGAAAGCCAAGAGGAAAAUGAUCUUGACUUGCCUUUGGAGAAAGAUUCUUUUCCCUCUAAGAUGGAAGUCCAGUCAAAACCCCGAACAGAAGAUUUUGCCACAUGGCAGCGGAUUAUCCGUCUUGAUGCAGUUCGGGCCAAUGAAGAUUGGAUAUCAUACUCUCCAACUAAGGCUGCGGUGUCGGAUGACAGGGCACGCCAUUCUGCUGAGGCUGUUGGGUUAAAGGAUUGUGAUCACCUGGAGCCCUGCAGGAUCUUCCAUGCUGCUCGAUUAGUUGCCAUUCUUGAAGCCUAUGCGCUCUAUGACCCUGAAAUUGGCUAUUGCCAGGGGAUGAGUGAUUUACUUUCUCCAAUGAUCACUGUGAUAGCUGAGGAUCACGAGGCUUUCUGGUGUUUUGUUGGUUUCAUGAGGAAGGCACGGCACAAUUUUAGGCUUGACGAGGUGGGUAUCAGAAGACAACUGAAUAUUGUUUCUAAAAUUAUCAAACGCAAGGAUUCUCAUCUUUAUAGACACUUGGAGAAGCUCCAGGCGGAGGAUUGCUUUUUCGUGUACAGGAUGGUGGUGGUACUCUUCAGGAGGGAAUUAACUUUUGAGCAGACACUCUGCCUCUGGGAGGUAAUGUGGGCAGAUCAGGCAGCAAUUCGGGCUGGGAUUGGAAAGUCCGCGUGGAGCAGGAUAAGGCAGCGAGCACCACCAACCGAUGAUCUAUUGCUUUAUGCUAUUGCAGCUUCUGUAUUGCAGAGGAGGAAGCAAAUCAUACAGAAGUACAGCAGCAUGGAUGAGAUUUUAAGGGAGUGCAAUAGCAUGGCCGGUCAUCUCGACGUCUGGAAGCUUCUUGAUGAUGCUCAUAACUUGGUGGUGACUCUCCAUGACAAGAUAGACACACCUUUUUGAUUGACCGGCGUUGGAAACUUUAAUCUGCUAAAUUAUGCUCUUUGGUUUGACUAACUCAGAUUAUUUUCUGGGAUAUGGUCCUUUGGAAUCUCUAAUCAUUUGCUAAAGACAAGCAUUAUGGUGAAAGGAUCGUACCGGAUUGUGAUACUCAUUCUAGUGUACACGCUGCUUUGGAGGCUCAAUUGGUUGGAAGCGGGGCUGUCUGAAACAUGAGGUUUUCACAAUUAUUUGUGUUGUAUUGAGCCUCGGGUGAGGCAUGGGCUUUUGUGCUCACUUUGUACUCAAUAUACCUUGUAAGAUUAUAAAGUGAAUCAACACAUCCUCCAAUGUGUUAUAUUGAUC